CCUCGCGUGUUCUCCUCCGGAGUCUUAAAACUGAGGCACCAAAAACACAAUCUCCGUGCAAAGUUCAGACCUUGAGUUGACAGACACCACACCAGCAAUGGCCGGAGCAGUAGACGAUCUGAAGCUGCUGGGCGCGUGGUACAGCCCGUACGUCCUGCGAGUGCGCCUUGCCCUCAGCAUCAAGGGCAUCAGCUACGAGUACGCAGAGGAGGACCUCCAGCACAAGAGCGAGCUGCUCCUCCGGUCAAACCCCGUCCAUAACAAGGUCCCCGUGCUGAUCCACGGCGGCAACCCCGUCUGCGAGUCGCUGGUCAUCCUACAGUACAUCGACGAGGCUUUCGGCGGAGCCGGCCCCCCCCUCCUCCCGGCCGACCCCUACGAGCGCGCCGUCGCCCGGUUCUGGGCCGCCUUCAUCGAGGACACGCUCGUGAAAGCGAUGAACCAGGCGUCAUGGAGCAAGACGGAGGGGGAGAAAGUGGAGGGGAACAAACAGGCGACUGCUGCCUUGAACACCCUGGAGGCGGCCCUGAGGGAUAUCUCCAAGGGGAAGCCCUUCUUUGGAGGCGACAGCGCCGGGUAUGUGGACAUCGUCCUCGGCGGCCUCCUCGCAGGGGUGCGCGCCAUGGAGGCGAUGCUGGGCGUCAAGGCCUUCGACCCAGUCACGAUGCCGCUCCUGGCCGCGUGGGCAGACCACUUCGGCGCGCUGGACGAGGUGGUGGCCGUGAUGCCGGACGUGAGCAGGCUGGUGGAGCUCUUCAUGACGAUGCACGCUCAGAUUGCGGCCGAGGCCGCCACAGCAAACUAAUUACUACUCUCCAUUAUUAAUUGGACCCAGAUAUCUCGCAAACGUCAGAUUGUGUCUAAAAAUCUGCGUCAGAAUUUUAGCCUUCCAUAUUAUUUUAGCAAUUCUCGUGAAAAUUGCACUUCACGUUUUUGUGUGCUCACCGCUAGUGUCCAAAUAUGUACCUAGUAUGUGUUUGUGUGUCAGGCUACAGUUGUUUUGUACCUGAAAAUAGACGAUUUCUUUUCCAGGUACCUGAAAAUAGACGAUGAUCAGGUGUUUGAAUUGAACAUGUGCAGCCAGAUCUAUUAGACAAAGGCAAGAUACGUUCUAAAUGUA